ACCUACUUUAUAAUUAAGUUAUUAACUUAUUACUCGUGUAAUGCUCGCCUUGAUCUAUCUUUAGCCGGAACUAUUAUUUUAUCUCUUAGUUCAGGGGGCUCGUCUAUUUAUCGUAUGAUUUCUGAAAGUGGCAGAUGAUUGUGACGAAACACGCAUACAUCAACACUAUCUGCAGGGCCAUGAACGGGUUAUCUCAGGUCACAAUGAGACUCGUAAAUAGGUCCUCAUAAAACUGUUUAUCCACCCGCUUGUUGAUCAGUUGGACACCAAACGUCUCAGAAACCAGAACAGAGUAUGUUCAUAGUUAAAAUACGUCAUCGUAUAUUGGAAGAAAUGAUGAAGAUGGUGUUGCUUGGUGUGGUGCUCUGGGCAGGAGUCACCUUUGGGAGUCAUGUUGCUCCGUACCCCCUAAAUCUUAUAUUAUCAACUGAUAUCGUUCAUCCACCGCCGAUGUAUGAUUUUCCAUUUCCAAGCGCUGAAAUGCUGAAGAGGUUACCACCUGUCACAACGUUACAUACGAACAGGUCGAUAAGGAUUAGCAAGCUGGAAGUAUCGAUGUUACAAAGAUUAGAACUGAACUUGCAGUCAGCUGGUAUCUUGCCCAGCACUGGCUCUGUCGCCCAGGGUCUGGCGAUAGACGGUUCCGUCUCAGAGAAUGCUAUGCGCUAUGAGAAGUCUUCGUUGACCAUUACGAAAGCGUCUCAGAAUCUAGUCUACACAAGAUGCCGAAGAUAUGGUUUGCCUAAUGAUGAGUGUGCGAGUUUCAUCAGUACGUUGAAUUUGCGUGAGAGUGAGUUUGGUGGGGAGUGUGCGGCUCUUGAACGGUUCACAUGUCGUACGAAUAAGAUGUCCUCGAAGUAUCGUACUUUUGAUGGCUCCUGCAACAACCCCGUGAGGUCUUCCUGGGGUCAGGCACUUACUGGCUACAAACGUCUCCUGCAUCCCAGAUAUGCUGACGGUAUUGAAGAGCCGCGCCGUGCUCUGAGCCAGAAGGCUUUACCUUCAGCUCGCAUGGUCAGCACAAAGCUUACUGACAAUCUGGAUGUACCUAACAGCGACAAAACCAUGGCUCUGGCUAUCUGGAGUCAAUUCAUCUACCAUGAUCUGGUCCACACUCCAGUCCGCAAAACAAUUCACACGAACCAAGCCAUCCGAUGCUGUGGGAACGACGGCUUCCCCUUGACUCCGAGGUACAUCCACCCGAGCUGCAUGUCUAUCUCGGUGCCUCACGAUGAUCCAUUCUACAAGUCGAAGUACGUCACCUGUAUGGAGUACACCCGGUCUGUCACCACGUAUAGAGGAGACUGCACUUUUGGAGCUGCGGAACAGAUGAACCAAGCAACUCACUUCUUGGAUGGCUCCAACAUCUAUGGUACGGACAGCUGGGAAGCUGCAGCCUUACGCGAGAGGACUGGUGGUCUUUUGAAGACCUCUACCAUUGAUGAGGAGGAACAUCUGCCUCUAGCUUCCAACCCUACUGAGAAGUGUCUUGUGGAAAGCGGCUCUGAUACUUGCUUUAAUGCUGGCGAUGCUCGUGCCAAUACUCAUCCUUGGUUGGCAAGCAUGUACUCCAUCUGGGUGAGGGAACACAACCGCAUCGCCCGUGGCUUGGCCACUCUCAACCCUGGCUGGAACUCCGAUCGGCUGUACCAUGAGGCUAGGCGAAUUGUCAUCGCUGAACUGCAGCAUAUUACCUACAAGAGCUGGCUGCCUGCUUUGACUGGAAAGGCGUUCGAUGAGCUGUAUGAGAGCUAUGAUACCGGUUACAAUUCAGAAAUUGAUCCUACCAUCACCAACUCCUUCGCGACUGCUGGUUUCCAUUUCGUGAACAGUCUUUUGGACAAGGACAUUGAACUCGUUGAUGGCAACAACAAAGUCACGCCACACCGUCUCAUGAACAACUAUUACAAGCCAGAACUUGUUUCGCAAAAGGGAAGUUUAGAGAAGAUCUUAAGAGGAAUGAUCAGCCAGAAGAGCCAGGGAUUGGACUUCAAUUACGAUGAUGAUCUCCGUAACCAAUGGCUGGGAGGACUCGAUGUGCUAGCAGUGGAUGUUCAGCGUGGUCGCGACCACGGCUUGCCUGGGUACACUCAGUACCGUGCUCUCUGUGGUCUGCCUGCUGUCACCAGCUUCCAGCAACUGGCUGAUGUUGUGCCUGAAGAGACUAUCGAUAAAUUAUCGAAACUGUACGAGCAGCCCGGUGACAUCGACUUGGUGAUUGGUAUGAUGGCGGAGAGCCCCGUCCCUGGAUCAUUGCUUGGACCCACUGCUAUUUGCAUUAUGAGAGAACAACUUUGGCGCACAAAAGCUGGUGACAGAUAUUUCUACAGCCACCAGGAUGAAUCUGGCAAGUUCACCAAGAGGCAACUUGCUGAAAUCAAACGAGCUUCGUUAUCAAGACUCAUUUGUGACAACACGCCUCUUGACAGAAUACAGAAGGAUGCUUUCCAGCCAGCUUCUGACAGCAAUCCUAUUGUUCCAUGCGAAGAAAUUAAGAAGGUCAAUCUGGAAGCCUGGCAGGCUGCUGCAGAACAGCCGGAUAUUCUCACCCGGACUAACAACUGGCUCAAAAAUAAAGUUGGCAGCUCGGGAAACUCAACCAAGUAGAUUCUCGCCCUUAGGCUAAGUAUAUUUUGUUCAUCUGCAGUGCAAGUUAGGCCAAUGUAAUUAGUUUUAGUGUUAGUCAUAUUGUCAUUUGGACCAUCGAGUACUUAAAAAUCUUGAUGCUUUUAGUAGUUGCAAUACCAAGUUAUGAAAACUCCAAUGUAGUUACGGUUGUAGAGGAUUGUAUUAAGACUGUACCAGCUUGCAUUGUAGACGUUAAAUGUAGUCGAGAGUUUCAGUAUUUUGUUUGAUUGUGACAGUGUGUUUAUUUAGUUAGGCUUAAUUGAAACCACGUUCCUCGACGCUUAGGCGAAAGUGAACUUUAAGUCGUAGGACUUUAGGAUGUAGACCAUUUGAGUAUCCUCUGAAAACAAGAGAUUUCUAUCAAUUUUAAUGAAGAGGUUUGGUCAUAUCUGCCCAUCGUGUGGUUGUACCGUGUCGUACAGUGGCUGUGAUAUGUGGACAAUAAGUCCACUGCAUAGAGAAAUGGUCUCGAGUACGGGACGCGAGUCAAUGAUUCUUGAGAUCCAUAUGUUAAAAAAUCCAAGAAUUGUCUCUAAUAACAAAAACAAACAAAAAAAAAAUACUAAGAUAUUAUUAGAGGAUCGACUGCUAUCUUAUAAUCUAGCCAAAGUACUGCUAAUAAAUGUAUUUAUUAAAGUCUACUCUGGCGGAGGUUGUGAUACAGUUUUAUAGCAACAAAGUUUUAACGUUAAUUAUGCAUUUUAAAACACGUUUAGGCUUCAUAACUCCACUGAUGAGGAAAGAGUUGAUUGUCAAGAGAUUUCGUUUUCAUGACGCACGAAGCGAUCCACAUAAAGAUUAUAAGCAUUUGGUGACAUAACAACGGUGAAAUUUAUUAUGUCUUGUGCAACAUGAUGUUUAUUUUGAUCGCUAUCGUGCGUAACUCCUGCUGCAUCCGAGUGACGACUGCCUAGAUAGAAACUCAAUUAUUCUGGUCCCAGUAUUCUUGUAUCUCAGCGCUUUCUUUUCUUUGUUUCUUGUUGUUACCUCGUCUUGUUUCCGAGUUCUCUUAUGAAUUUCUUAUGUUAAUAGGUUUAAGUCUGCGGGCAUGUAUUUGUUUAAUAGGUAUUUUUAAA